AUGGGAACACGGCCGCAGCAAUCGCGUGUAGAUGAAGAGGACGAUGAACUGCUCGGUUGUGGAACGACGAUUUCCGGCCAAUCAGGCUCCACAAGCCGGAGUGCUGGGUUGGGGACCACCGCUGGUGAUAGCGCUGCUCUCAAAUUGAAUCACCUUGACAUACACGACGAUGAUGCUGCAUCACAGGGAGUAGUUGCAAGCAAGAAGAAAAAGAGAGGCCAACGAGCUGUUGGGGGUGAUAAGAGUGGAAGAGGGCUUCGCCAAUUUAGUAUGAAAGAAAGUAGAGGAAGAACAACUUACAAUGAGGUGGCAGAUGAGCUUGUGGCUGAGUUUUCUGAUCCAAGCAAUAGUGUCUUGACCCCUGAUCAGCAACAAUAUGAUGAGAAAAACAUCCGUCGAAGGGUCUAUGAUGCUCUGAAUGUUCUCAUGGCUAUGGAUAUUAUUUCCAAGGAUAAAAAGGAAAUACAAUGGAAAGGUCUUCCUCGUACCAGUCAGAGUGAUAUUGAAGAACUAAAGACAGAGCGUCUUGGGCGCAGGAAUAGAAUUGAAAGGAAAACAGCCUAUCUGAAGGAGCUUGAGGAGCAAUUUGUAGGUCUUCAGAAACUUAUCCAACGAAAUGAGCAAAUAUGUAGCUCAGGAAAUCCUCCCAGUGGAGGUGUAUCGUUACCUUUUAUUCUCGUACAGACACGUCCUCAUGCAACUGUUGAAGUGGAAAUAUCAGAAGACAUGCAGCUUGUUCAUUUUGAUUUCAACAGUUCUUUUGGGAUUCAUCAAAUGGCAAAUGGAAAUAGAAAAAAGGCUACAUGGCUUCAUCCCAAUACAAGGCAACAACAUAACUCUAAUGAUUGUGGAUACUAUGUGAUGAAAAAUAUGUUGGAUAUUGUCUCUGCUAAUAUAACCGAGAAUUGGAUGCAGGUAUUUGAUGACCCAACAGAAUUAACACCAGAUGAUUUGUAUGAUUUGCGACUUCGUUGGGCAAAAUGUUUCUUUGACUUACAUGGAACUUAA